AUUUGUGUCCCUUGCAAUUUUGUGGCAUUUGUGUUCAAGUUCAUUAUGUUAUGAGAAAAUUUAAAUUGAUGAAUUGGUGAUGGUAGCACCAUACCAAUCACGGUGAGGCUGUGAGCUAUAGAAAAACAGAGAAUUUAAGAGAAAAUGAAUGGCCUGAUGGCUCUUUGCUUUAAAGGACCUUAUAAGUGGAGGGUGUGCCAAUUGCGUGAGGUUGAUUACCAGUAUGCCGCGUGCCAGCCUGCUAUUAGGGUUGUUUGUGCUAAAAUGAGAUGGUGGGGAGGUGCUUGUCCCUUGUUCCAUCUCGAGGUCCGAUCCUAGAAUGGUCUCCUGCUUGAUAAUUGAUUCAACCUAACAUUAUGGCAAACCGAGGUACUGUGUUACUAAUAAUAGCAAGAUAUGAUCAUGUCUUGAUGAUGAUUCUAGAAUUCUACACUGAAAUCCUAAAUUAUACUGCCAUAAAAUUUGUCAAACUUUGUUUAUGUGUUUGUUUAGGAUCUAAAGCAGACAUUCAUUUUCUCUUUUCCCCUUGCUUAGUAGGAGACACUGGUGAUCAGUCAAAGACAACCUAGGUGUUAUGUUCAAGCUUAGAAUGAUUAAGAAAUAUUUGGUGCUCCUGUGGACCACUUCCACUUUUCUGAGAGUCAUCAGAUUAUGAAGUGCGAUUAGCAUUUCUAGGUUCUUAAGGCCUAUCAUAUUCUUGUUGACAAGGGGAAAGAUUAAGGGCACCUGUUACACCUGAACCAUGUUGCUUUCUAUAAAUCUUGUUAUUUCUU